AUGGCCAACCCGGAUAGAAGGGCUCGUUACACGGGAUGGAAAAUGGAAAAUGAACUACCAGAAACGCUCAAGGCGAAACAGAGCGAGUCCCUUAGCUCGGCUGAAGUUCAAAUUCUGCUAGGAUUUGACCCAAAGAUAAGAGCGGCAUUCGUCAAGGUCUUCAGGAAGGAGGGAAAUAUUCAAACCUAG